AUGACGACCACUGAACAACGAACACCCGGUUUAUUUCCUCAUCAAAAUGAACGAAAAUCUCCUUCAACUGUAUCAUGUGUAGCAACAAAUGUUGGCUCAAUAACAGACUUUCUUUUUUCUUCAACACAUUCCACAGUAUCAACUUCUUCGAACAUUCCUUCAAUUGAAAUUCAACAAGAACCAUCUAUUGAAUGUCCAUCAUCAUCAUCUCCACCGAAAAUUCUUAUACAUACAACAAGUGAACAAUGCAUUAAUAUGAAUCAAGAGCCACCAAUGAUUUCCAAUCCAAUAUCAGUAUCAGAGAAUGAUAGUGAACCGUCGUCUGGAGGAAACAAAGAAAAACUUGGACAUCGUCGUGUUGAUGAAACAGGCACUGUUACUUAUAAACGUGUGAUGGUAGACGAUCUGAUGAAAUCAUUACAAAUCGGUCUUACAUAUGUUCUUGGUAAACAUCAUCAGCCGCAGCGUCAAGUCCUUUUACAAGAUUUUCAGCAAAUCGAAUAUCAAGACUUUCCACCGGACGGUUCGAAAUCAACACCCAAACAUCCGUAUGCGCAAUUUCAGUUAAAAACCUAUGCUCAAACAGCAUUUCGAUUUUUUCGUAAUGCUUUCGGUGUUGACCCAUCAUCGUUUAUGUCGUCGCUAUGUGCUAAAGAUUUACACGAACUACCAAAUCCAGGUGCAAGCGGUUCUAUAUUCUACAUCACAGCUGAUGAUACGUACAUAAUAAAAACUGUGUCGAAAAAAGAAGCACGAUUUCUGCAAAGCCUUCUACCCGGAUACUAUAUGAAUUUAACACAAAAUCCAUUUACAUUGUUACCAAAAUUCUUUGGUCUAUAUUGUUAUCAAAGUGCUAAUAAAAAUAUACGAUUUGUUAUAAUGAAUAAUCUGAUACCAUCCAAUGUGCAACUACAUGAAAAAUAUGAUUUAAAAGGAUCGAUUUAUAAACGAAAAGCAUCAGAAGAAGAACGUAAACGUGAUUUACCAACAUUGAAAGACAACGAUUUCAAGUCUCUUCAUCCACAUGGUUUAAUUCUUGAACCAUUUUUUUACGAUCAACUAAUGCAAACAAUUGAAGAUGAUGUUCGAGUUCUUGGCAGUUUUGAUAUAAUGGAUUAUUCUCUUCUGCUUGCUGCUCAUAAUAUAACUGAAGAAAUGAAACCAGCACAAAAAUUAGCUCUGUUAACUCCAUCGUUACUGUCAGCAUCGAAUACAUCGAAGCCAGCAUUAGACAUGAUCACCAAUAACCCAUUGAGUGUACAUGAAGAUGUACAAACAACAGCAUCGACUGACUCUGGCAUUGCUAUGACAACCAUAACUAAAAUUCCAACUUAUAUACAAUAUAUACGUGUUAUUGAAUUUGUUCGUGCACAACAGGAACCUUCAAUAAGAAGUUCAUCUAUUACAAAUACAGAACAUUCUCUAUCUGAUAAUCCUCAUAAUGAUAAUAUUGAUACGUCAAGUGUAAAAACAGUCACAGGAGAUGCAUCAUCACAAUCAAAUAAAAAUAUUAGUCAAAAAAGUGAUACUCAAUCAACUACUCGUGGAAACAGUAAAACACAAAUAAUUUAUAAUGAAAGAUCAUCAUUAUCAUCAUCAUCGUUUCCAGUUGGCAACGCCUUAAUCGGUGGCGAUGUUUGGUACAACCGACAAAAUCUUUCGCGUCUUGCAAUGGCUGGAAUACCAGCUAUCAAUCAAAAUGGUGAUUUAUUAUUAUUGUAUGUUGGUAUUAUUGACAUAUUGCAAAAUUAUCGUCUUCGUAAAAAACUUGAACAUGCUCUAAAAUCUACACUAGUGACUCGAGAAGAAAUAUCUGUUUGCAAUCCAAGUCAUUAUGGUGAUCGUUUCGUCAGAUUUCUUUCACGAAAAGUAUUUCGUAAAGGAGGUCCAAAUGGCAACACAUUAUUGUCGGACACACAGUCCAAUACGGAUCGAAUUACUUUACACAGUAGUAGAUUAUUAAAUGCUUCAUCGUCAUGUCGUUCUCAAACGAGUGAUGGUGAUGAUGAUGAUAAUUCUUCAAUAACAAAUAAUAACAAUGUAGCACAUAGUAUAAAAUCUUGA